AUGCAAAUCACCGUUAACAAAGGCUGCUGGCGACGCUGGGCGGACGUUAUCCGCCAUCUUGCCCGAGAGUACGGAUUCCCGGCCAAGACGCGUUCAGAACUCGAACUCUUCUUGUCAAUGUACAGAGGAAAGGGAAGCACUUAUCGCACCUCUACGACCCAUUGGAGGUUCAUCAUCGAUGUCACCCGCGACGACAAGGCCAUUAUCAACAUCAUUGCGAUCACUAUCAUCGCCCGACACAAACAGGACGAGAAUAACAAUGGCGCUGUCAUUACCCGCGCAUGCGACGUCCAUCCCGAUCCAGAGGGCGGCGAGUACGUCGGAGCUCCACAUCUGAGAUGGAUUACGGUCAAGAGUGGUGGCGAGACUUACAGGCACUGUUGCGACAAGGAAUGCAGUGGCCCGGAGCAGCUCGUUGCCAAAACGCGUGCCAACUGGGAAACAACUCGGCUUCGAGUGAUUCAGAAGGCGUACGAACAGGAAGUCUUGGCAAGCUAUGCCUCCUUCCAGAUAUUGCAGGUGGAGAAGCAGGGGCUCACCGAAACAUUGGAAGGCAAGGAUUCGGACGGCAGCUUCUCCGAUCUCCAGAUGAAGGUUCGGCAACUGGAGACAGACCUCAUCGCCAAGAAGCAAGCCGCCAAAAAAUCCAAGGACAGUGCAAAGCAGAGGAAGAUGGAGCUAGCGGAGUCUGCUGAACAGGUCGAAUCUCUGCGCCAAGCUUUGGAAGCAGUCGAAGCAGAGAACAAAACGCUUGUGACUGUGAAGAACGAACUGGCUCUUGCGGUCGAUGCAAACCGUCGCACGAAGGAAGCCCUCCAGUCUGACAUGAAGGACUUGCAUGAGAGCAAUGCCACGCUAAAGGAACAGAAUGCUGAGAUGGGAAGAACGGCGUUGAACCUCCAGACCAAGGUCACGCGCUUGAGCUCUGAGAAACAGCAAGUCGGCAAAGAAGUCACCAAGUUGAAGAGGGAGAUGCGUACUCGAGGGCAGAGCUUGGCUGUGGCAAGGAAGGCCUUGACUCAGGCCAAAGAGGAACUUAAGGACACCAAGAAAGUGUUGCAAUCUGUCAGUGACAAGGCUGCAGCAAGCCGUGCUCACUCCAUUGCACAGCUUCGAACCCAGACUGCCAAUCUUGAGGAGAGCACGGCCGAACCGAGCGACAAUAUACCAACCAUGAAGUGGAGACCCAGCCACGAUUACAUACGCAUAAAUAUGAUCCUCGACAAGACCCAAAAGGACUUAGCUGAAAGAAUUGACGCCCAUACCACGGAGAUCCGGCAGUUCAAGGAAGAGUUGAAGCAAAAGGAUGAGUUCAUCGGCCGCAUUCAGGAUGAAAUGGCAGAUCUUCAGCGGACUCAGGGGUCCAUGUCCUCUCAUCGCCAACCGGAGAUCAAACACGAGCCUCAAGACGUCGACCUUAUGAACCUGGACACGGAGGCAAUGAAGCUUGAGUUGGAGCCGAGAAGACCAAGGCGAGAAUCCAGAUGGCAGAGACGGCCGCCGGAAAGGCCGAGGUGGAGGCGCUGGCGAAGAACUGCGCCGAUAGAAUGA